UCGGCAGGAGUCUGUGUUUAUGAGGGAAGAGGUGGGCUUUGCUCGGUUCGGCUCAGUAAGCCACUUCUGACUUUGCGACCGCGGAAAGAUCUUGUGGAGACACUGCUGCAUGAAAUGAUCCAUGCAUAUCUCUUCAUCACGGACAGGAACAGGGAUCACGAUGGGCAUGGACCGAAGUUCCACUAUCACAUGCGCCGUAUCAAUGCUAAAGCGGGUACUAAUAUCACUGUGCGACACAAUUUUGUUGACGAAGUGAAAUAUUAUCAGAGGCACUGGUGGCGCUGUAACGGCAUUUGUCGGAGUUCACCACCGUUCUACGGCUGGGUAAAACGUUCUAUGAAUCGAGCACCAAGUGGAAAUGACUUUUGGUUCGAAGAUCAUCAAAAAACUUGUGGAGGCACAUUCAUCAAAGUCAAAGAGCCGGAAGUGCCACCGAAAUCAAAAAUGCUAUUGAAAACGGAGGACGGUAAAUUGCCAAAAGGACAGACGACCUUGGAUUCUUUUCCCGGAAAAGGCUACGUUUUGGGUGGUACGUCAUCUCCGAGUUCGUCAACUCGUACCGGCAAAAGGUGUGCUAACGGCGACAGUGAAAUUAAAGUGGAAUUGGGAAGAUCGGCGGAGCUAUUCAUUUACGGUAACAUCUCAAAAAUCCCGAAACAGAUUCCGACGACUAAGCAGAAGAUAUCAAAUUCAAGUUCGGAUUCAAGAAACGGUGCCGAGCGGAGUGGCGGCGUUGUCCUGAAUGUUGAUGUUUCCGAAAACGGAUUCGGAUUUUUCGUGUCGCAUACUGCAGCACUUCCAUCAGCACCAUCAAGCUCGGCUGCUGACGAUGAUAUUUCUGUUCUGGUUCAAUGCCCAUCUUGUAAUACGUAUAUCCAGGAGAGUACGAUUAACGCUCAUUUGGAUUGUUGUCUCACGCAGCAGUCCUAA